AUGGCGUCGCAAGAAGAGCUCUACGGAAGCUUGGAUCUGGACCGACACGUCCAAAACUUCAAAAACUGCCUUCGAGUUCUUCUUUCCGACGAGCGAUUGCUCCACGGUGGCAAAUCCAUCGAAACUGAAGUGAUUGACAAAUGCUCUGUCGCGUUGAACCAAAUGGUCGAACUGCACUACGACAAGCGACACUUGAAGGAUGUGCUCAGAAGAGGGCGGGAAGAAAUUGACUUUUUGAAGAACAAAGUUCGCGAUUCCAACACUCUCGUCAAUCACCUGACCAAUGUACAGGGAGUUCAUGAAGAGCGAAUUGAAGAUUUGACCACUCGACUGCGAAAGGAAAAACAAUCAAAUGUCGACAAAGAAGCCAAAAUCGUCAACAUGAACAAAAACAUCGAAAACAUCAAGGAUCAGACCAAACGCGCUGAGACUUCCUACAAGGACAAAGUCAAGUGGAUCGAAACCGACCAGAUGCGAAUCUACAAAGAUGGCCGAGCCACGCUGGAGCGAUUGGACAACGAGAAAAUUGCGCUCAAGAACGAAUUCGAAGAUGCCAAGAACUCUACCGCCGGUCUCAAGGCUGCUUUGGAAAAUGCGAGAACCAAGCUUUCGGAUGCCAUCGACGAGGAAACCCCGGCGCCCGAUGUGGAUGGAGCGCCACUUUCAAAAUCAAUCUUUACGCGUUCUUAG